AAUUUGUUUAGUGAAUUUGUUUUUAUUUUGUAUGGCAUCAUGUCAUUUAAAUUUUUAACAGAAUUGCAACAUGACAGAGUAUAAAUUGCAGGAUUAGUUUUUUUUUUUCCAUUUGGCAGCAGUGUUAAUGCUACAGGAAUCAUUGUGGGUUUUUAAAUACAGUCAAUCUUUUUUUAUUUGACCUCAUGCUUAAUAUAAAACACACUGAGAUAUUGUGUAUACAUUUAUCACACUGUAUCACAGCUAGUUAGCAUGCAUUAUUCAUAAAGCCUUGAUACAUCUUGCCAUUGGGCAGUAAACCCAUGCAGUAUUACCACUGUGCUAUAUCCAAAGGGUAAUUGUUCAUUUCUACAUUAGUAGUGUGGCAAAGUAUUUAAAUGUGAAGCUUCAACUAAUGAUCCAUUAUACAACAGACCAUGUACAGAAGAGUUUUUUUUUUUUUAAGUCAUGCUAAAACAUAGUCAAAAAAUGCAUCUUUAUCUUUAAUGCAUGUGUCGUGUCUCUGCAGGACAGACGAACUGAUCCAGAAAACCACACGGGACAAGUUCAGGGAAUGCACCGUACUCACCAUCGCUCAUUGUCUCAACGCCGUCAGAGACAGAAUACUGGUUCUAGAUGCAGGGAAAAUCCAUGGCAUGCCUAUGACCAGCUUUAUACCCUGCUUCAAGAUCCAGAUGGCAUCUUUUUAUAAAAUGCCUCUACUAGAGGCAGCUAAACAGGUUUACAAGCCAUCCUAGCGUGGCAAACGGACACGCCGUAACAGCAGACGGUAACUCUGUCAUCUUUGAGCCAGCUCAGCGAGGCUCUGACUUUCUAACCAGACUUGAGAAAGUGCCUGGGCUCGUACUGCACCCCUCCAUCCUCUGGUGACAGCACACAGGGGCCGAUGGAAGGGCCUCAUCCACCCCAGCUGCUGGGGAAAUGGGACCUGAAGAGGCGGGAUCACUGCUGGAAAACCUGAAAGAAAUCACCGUUUAUUUUCAAUGCUUCCCAUUUAUCUUAUGUUAGUUGCUGCUCAGGAUACUGAUGCCUUGGAGAAACUGCAUACUCCUGGUUUGUGUCUGUUAUGUUUAUACACGCUAACUGAAAUAAUUUUAGUGGGUAAAUUUAUCCAAAGUUGUCUUUUCUUUUAAUACAGGAAACUGCACAUGAUUUGGUACCAGAUCUAAGGAAUCACCUAGCAGCAUGCGGAUUUCUGUCAUCUCAACCAAUGUGCUGUUUCAGCCUGUAGAUUCUUCCUAGAACCGUUCCUACUCGGUUUACAGGGAGCCAAUCUGGCAUUGAACUUUGGUUAAAAUGAUUUGUUUUGAUGGUUCUUUCCAUUGAAAUUGCAUCAUGACUGACAUGUUAAUACUAUCUGUUUCAACUGCUGCAUAAACACCUUCUUACUUAGGAGAUUUCUUUGGGGUCAACAUAUACAUUUUAACCACUGAUAUAUUUACACGGAGGAGGAGAGUUGUCAUUUUGUAUGGCAUUUGUUUUAUUUACUUAAAAUGUUAUCGGUACAUCAGAAGCACCUUAGUGCUAUCAAUUUUGUGAAGAAAAGUGUAUUUGCUCUGCAGAGCUUUGAUAAGUUAUUCUGAAAGAAUCUGCAGUCAGUCAAAGAUAUGUGAAAACUUUCAUUAGUUCCUGUAAUCCUUCCAGCAGAUUUCUUAAGUGAGCGUUCCAUGUUCGUUAGCUCCACUGGAAGCGCAGGAUGGCCAGCCUCUCAUUUCCAAGCAUGACUCGCCCCUCAAACCACAUGGUUUUGCUGUGCGCUGUGUUGCUGCAUGAUUCACAUAAGUGCAACUGAAAGAGAAACACUUGGUUGUAUUAAGAAUCUUAAAAGUAAUAAAGUUGUUUUUUCAACCUA